AUGAUCAAGAAUUCAGAUAAAGCAAUUAAAAAGACAACAAAUAAAAUUAUAAAUACAGCAGACGAUUCAGGUACAAGGUCUUUGGAUGGUCAACAAAAUAAUGAUUUAUAUCAAGAAUAUGUCAAUGAAACUCAUGUAGCUGAUUUUAUCAAAGCGCUCAGUUAUGAUCCUAUCCACGAAUAUAUCUCAGCUUGGACGGAUGCAUUACCCGUCUCAAAAAGAACAUCUAAACGUAAAUUAAAGGAACAAGAAGCUGCAAAACCAAAAGGUAUUUCUUAUUUGUUUUUACGCUAUCCAUUCAUUCUGUUUGCUUAUAUUUUAUUACGUCAAGUUGUUUGUAUUUGGGAAAACUUAUUCAGUUGGAGAGGUAAAAAACGAACCCUUCGCAAUAAAUUGCGCGCAUCAAAGACAUACAAAGAAUGGUGUGAAUCAGCAGAUGCGUUAGAUAAAUAUAUGCAUAAAGAUGAAUGGAAAAAUACAAUUCCUUACGCCUAUUAUGAUUAUCGUCUAUUGCAAAAAGUAGUCAAGCAUUUAAAGAUGUAUAGAAAGGGAGAUACGCCAGAAGAUGCUACCAAAUUAAUGGAUGUAUUAUACGUUUGUUUGAAGCAAAAUUUCGCUGGAAUUGAAAACGUUCAAUUAUAUAGUAAUUCUUAUUUGGGUACAAAAUCUUUAAUAGAAGAAUACAUUGAAGAAGUCACACGUUCUAUUGAAUUUCUUCAAAAUAAUAAAUAUAUUACAAAUGAAGAAAAACGCCUUGCAUUUAAAUUGUAUUCAAAGAAUUAUGGUCGUACUGCAUUCUGUUUAUCAGGUGGAGCAGGAUUUGGUUACUAUCAUUUAGGAGUGAUCCGAGCAUUAGUAGAUCGUGGCUUAUUACCAUCCAUCAUUACUGGAACUUCUGCAGGUUCCUUAAUGGGAGCUAUUGUCUGCACACGUACAGAUGAAGAAUUAAAUUCGAUUUUAACACCAGAGUUAGCAAAUAGAAUUCAUAUCUGUCAUGAAAGUUGGAAAACUAAACUGACACGAUUUGUAACUACAGGUGCUUUAUUUGAUUCUGCUCAGUGGUGUCGUGAAGCAAUGUGGUUUUGUAAGGGUUCAGUUACAUUUAAAGAAGCUUAUGAAAAGACAGGUCGAAUUUUUAAUAUUUCCGUUAUUCCUUAUGAUCCUCAUUCACCUCCCAAGCUAUUGAAUUAUAUAACUGCUCCUGAUUGUGUCAUUUGGAGUGCUAUACUUGCUUCUUCUGCUAUUCCUGGUAUCUUGAAUCCAGUUGUUUUAAUGCAAAAGAAGCAAGGAUCUGACCAUCUCGUGCCUUACAACUAUGGACAUAAAUUUAAGGAUGGAAGUUUAUCCACUGAUAUCCCUACACACGCAUUAAACACACAAUUUAAUGUCAAUUAUACUAUCGUUAGUCAAGUCAAUCCUCAUGUACAUUUAUUUUUUUAUGCUAAUCAAGGUAGUCCUGGUAGACCUGUCACUCAUCUUCAAGGUCAUGGUUGGCGUGGAGGCUUCUUGGCUUCAACCAUUGAGCAAACACUUAAAUUAGAUUUAUCAAAAUGGUUAAAGGUCCUUAAAUCCCUUAAACUUUUACCAAAGGUACGUGAUCAAGAUUGGAGUUCCUUAUGGUUGCAAAAGUUUGAUGGUAAUGUAACAAUAUUGCCUAAAUCGACUUUAUCAGAUUGGUUUUAUAUCAUUGCAGAUCCAAGUGAAGAUAGACUUCGUAAAUUAAUGCAAAUUGGGCAAAUUCGUACUUGGCCAAAGAUCUCGAUCAUUUCAAAUAGACUGCGUAUUGAAUCUGCUAUUGAAAAGGCACGGAAAUCAUUUAAUAAUAGUCGUAAAUCAAAGAAAAGGUUAUCGAAGGAUAAAUCUUCUAUUUUUGAUGGCAAUAAUAAGAAUGACUAUAGUAGUAGUGGUGAUGAACUUUUGUUUAUUUCACGUCGUAGAGUUAGUAUACCAGAUGAUGGCUCAUUGCAUACCAUGGAAGAUAAAGACUAUAUCAAGGAACAAAAUAGAAGACGUAAAUUUAUGGCUCAAUUUGUUGAUUCCAGUCAUGACGAAACGAAUGAUAGCACACAGAACUCACUGAUAUUUGAGUCUUUUAAUGGAUCUCAAUCAAAUACACCAUUAACGAGUUCACAUGAAGAUGAUGAUGAUGAUGAUGAUGAUGAAAUAAUGUAA